UCGUUCGCUAUAUAAAAACAGUUUCAAUAGUAACCAGCGCAAACGCAAACUUCCUGCUCAGCCGGCAAUGCCUUGAGCGAAUGCAAAACCGAACCGACCGCGAUGUAGUGCAGUUAAUGAAUUUAAAUCGAUGAAUAAUGUUUUAACCGAAAAAAUUAAAACGAAAUAAUAAAAAAAUCUGAUUUACGAAUUAUAUGAAUAAUAAAUAUUUAAAAAAAUUGUCUAGUGUUUGUGUUGGUGAUUUUUCAAAAUGGUGGCCGUAUCGGAACAGGAUCGGGCGCCAAAACCAGAUGCGAUGUUCGGAAUGCGUCAUGUCAUGGUUUUUCUGCUGUUCCUGUCCACAACUGUCGCCUACGCCACACGAGUUAGCAUGAGCAUGGCUAUAGUGGCCAUGACCAGUUCCAACGACUAUGGGUACCCAGUUUUCGAGUGGGAGCGCAGCAUUCAAGACCUGAUCUUGUCAUCCUUCUUCUGGGGCUACAUAGUGCUGCAGAUUCCGGCGGGCAUGAUAGCCGGAAGGUUCGGGGGCAAGAACCUCAUUCUGACUGCGAUGCUGUCCAACGGUCUAGUAAAUCUGUUCGUGCCAUAUGCUGCUCAAAAGGGUGGAUGGGUAGCGGUCUGUGCUUGCCGUAUUCUCAUGGGUCUUACUCAGGGUCUGCUGUAUCCAAGUCUUCACGGUUUGCUCGGCCAAUGGUCACCAGUUUCUGAAAGAAGUCGUAUGGGGACCAUAGUAUAUGCAGGAGCUCAACUAGGCACUAUAAUCGAGAUGAUGUCUGCCGGAGUGCUCUCAGCAAGCAAGUGGGGCUGGCCUUCUGUUUACUACGUCACAGGAAUCACCUGCCUGGGCUGGUCACUUUUAUGGGUCAUUUUCGGUGCCUCCACUCCGGGUAUGAGCCGAUGGAUUUCGAAGGAGGAGAGAAAGUAUAUCGAGACAAAUACUGCUUCGGCCGAUAUUAGUGAAGCCAAGAAAAUGGUGACCCCAUGGAAGAGCAUUUGGAGUUCACUUCCCUUCUGGGCUAUCCUGCUCGCUCACAGCGGACAGAGUCUUGGUUUCUGGACGCUCCUUACUGAAAUGCCUUCCUACAUGGCUAAGGUUCUUGGGGUCGACAUUAAAAGCAAUGGAAUCUUGUCUGCACUUCCCUAUGUUGCGAUGUACAUCCUCAGUUUCAUCUUCAGCUGGUCGGCGGACUUCCUUACCAACAGAAACAUUUGUUCAGUUUCCACUACGCGAAAAAUAUUUAAUACUAUUGCAUUCUGGGGGCCUGCAGCCGCAUUGCUGAUUCUCUCUUAUCUUCCGCCAGGACACUUGACACUGGCGGUUGUAAUUCUCACUUUCACUGUUGGAUUAAACGGCGCUCACUACGUCGGUUUCUUAAUCACACACAUUGAUAUAUCACCGAACUUUGCCAGUACCUUAAUGGGUAUAACAAAUGGCGUUGGAAACAUUUUCUCCAUUCUAGCGCCUCUCAGUGUCUCCGCUGUGGUAAAAGAUGAGACAAGUGCUUCUGAAUGGCGGAAGGUAUUCUUCAUAUCUAUUGGUUUCUACUUCCUCAGUAACAUGUUUUAUGUCCUAUUCAUGUCUGGCAACAUUCAACCAUGGAAUGAACCUAUUACUGAAAAUAAGAGUUUGGAAGAGGGAGUAAAAACUAAAGAAGAAAAAUCAGGAAAAAAGAAUAGCAGUUCAAACUACGGAGAAGAGAAGUUUUAGAAAUGAAGAGUUGUGUGAAUGUUAACUUAUUUGUUAGCUGUGCUAGCUAGUCAUGGUCAUGUCAUUUGAUUGAAUGUGAGAAACAAUAGCUCAAAAAUAUCUAUAUGCAAAAAGUGACAAUAAUAUUUUAAAAGCA